ACGGCCCGGGGGGGUCUCCGCGGCUCCGCCGCCCCGUGAGGCCUCCCCGCCGCCCUCCCGACAUGGCCCGCGGGGCCGGCGAGGCGGUUGCAGAGGGGGAGCUGGGAGAUGACAGCCUGUCUGUGAUAACCUGUGAGUCUGACACAGAAAUGAAGUUAAAGAAGAAGAUUUUUCACAAGCCUCCAAAGUCACCAAAGUCUCCCUACAGCUCUAGCACACAACUGUAUCCCAAAAAAGCUGCAGCUUGGAGAUCUCUGCAGGGAACGGGCAGUGCGUGUUCGGAGAGUGCAGCUGUAAAAAACCCAAGGCAGCUGUGGCUGGGAUCGCUGAAACAAGGAACGAGCCAUCCUCUGAAAUCAGAUGUUGACAUGGGGCAUAUGCGAACCAACAUUUCCAGUAGCACUCCGGAUUAUUUGAAGGAAGCUCUAGGAAUGAAGAAGCCAAAACAUUCUCGUUCUUCCAGUAAUGGCUACAUUCCUGGAACUCCUGACUACAAAGAAAAAGAAGAUAUGUAUGAUGAAAUUAUAGAACUGAAGAAGACAAUACAAGCUCAGAAAAAUGAGGGAGAUCGAAUGAAAACGAAGCUCCGUCGGCUGGAACAGGAGAACAGUAGGAAGGACAAACAGAUUGAACAACUGUUGGAUCCUUCCAGGGGCUCUGAGCUGGCACGAGCUUUGUCAGAAAAGAAGAGUGAUAAUGGAUGGGUGGUCAGGGGAUUAAAGCAGAAGAUUCUCAAGCUUGAGCAGCAGUGCAAGGAGAAAGACAACACUAUUAAUGAAUUCCAGGCAGACACGAAGACCAAUAAUUUGGAAGAAGUGAGGUUAGCUAUGGAAACCUACUAUGAAGAGGUUCAUCGCCUCCAGCUCCUCCUGGCAAAGUCUGAGACUAUGAGGAAAAAUACAGAGGGCAGGGAUACCCAGAAGCGACUCAAGGCACUGAAUGCAGCUGUCCUGAGAUUGUCCAGGAACAUCAAAGAGUUGCAGGCUGAGAAUCGGAGGCUGAAGGAAGAUCUGGAUCACGUUCUGAGCACUUCUCCUCCUCCCAGCAAAACAAAAAAUUACAGUGAGUGGAGCAGACAGAGGCUGGUGAGGCGCAUUUCGGAACUGGAAAAAAAAGUGUGUGCCAUGGAGAGCACCAGGGUGUCACCAGCAGAUAGUGAUUCAUCACAGUUACCUGCUGUGUCAUCUUCACCUUCUGUAGACCUGGAUCAUCCAGCCUCCCACCAUAUAGACCAUGUUGAGGAAUGUCAUCGUCUCCAAAAGGAAGUGAAGAAACUGAAGAGUGACAGGAAGGCACUUCAAAAUCUCCUGCUCACUAAGGAAUUAGAUAUCAAGCAGUUACUGCAGGCUAAGGCUGAAGUGGAGCUGGAGCUGCAGAAGUGGCAGAGUAAGAUGGAAGAAAAGAGUACAGAAGAACAGACUUUAAGUGAGGAAAUCCAGAACCUGACACAGAAAGUAGAGAAACUGGAGUCAAAACUGGAGGAAGAGAAAAGACAAACGGCAGGAGAUACAAGGGAAAAUCUUGAUAAGCCUUCACCAGUCUGCACAGUUAAAGGCAAAGAAGAUCACAGGGAAGAACAAGCAGCCAAAAUCAUCCAGAGACACUGGAAGAUGUACAAAACCAAGAAAGAAGAAGUUGCUCUGGAUGAGGCAGUUGUGGUGCUGCAGGCGGCUCUCAGGGGACAUUUAGCUCGACAGAAACUGUUGCUGAAUAACGGGAUCCACGAAGCAAAAUCUCCCAGCAAGAACUCCUGCUUGUCUUCCAUGUCAGACUCCUUGAGCUCGUCCUCUGAUUGCGAGGAGAGAGAUGAGGUUGUGACGUUCAUUCAGUCCAUUUUCAGGGCUCACUUAGCACGUACAGCUCUGCUUGAGGAGAGGUCUUCUGUGCCCAGUGCACCGAGUGAGAAAGCAGAUUCUGCAGUUUACAACACAGAGAAGAAACCGGUGUCAGCAGCACUCCAGAAACCUCCUUCAGUCCUCCCGUCGUCUCUUCCUGAUGAAGAGAAGCUACACCCACUUUUAAGUUUUGGUGACCUUGAAUUAUUUGAUUCUCAAACGGAACUGUUUGUACCGAGAUCAGGCAUCUCAAAGAUGGAAAAAGGAGGAAUAGCAGCCCCUUUUUAAUGACAGUUGACAUUAUUUCAGCCAUCCUUUGAUGUCACCUCUGCAGACUUUAUGGCUAAAAGCCCCUGACUGACUGUUAACCUUACCCUGGUACACAGAGAGUUUGGAUUUAAAAACUCAACCGAAAGACUUUAAUGUUUUGUUUCACGAUGAGGAUUAUAAAUUCAGUUGACAAAUUUAAGUGAAAGCAAUAAAGCCUUAAGCUAUUUCAUGUCAAACAAAGUUUUGUUUCAGAUGAUCUAAAAUAUAAUUUGUGUAAUCAGAAAGUGGUUAAUGACGUGACUCCAAUUUUCAGCCUGUGUAUGUGCAAGGGUACAGCUGGUAUUUGUUACCUGGGCCUCCCUGUUUAAAAAUUUUACUUGUCAUAUUUUAUAUCUUUUUUUGUGUAUUUUUAUACUGAACAUUUACAGGCUGUGCAGACCUUGUAAGCCACUCCUCUGUCACAGGGCCAUUCUAGGCCUGCUGUAUCAGCUGGCUUUUCUUAUUUAUUGCUUUUUCCACGUGUGCUUGUGAUGAUGUGUAUAGAAUGUUUUGUAUUUGAAAUGUCUGAUCACAUAAUCAGAUUUUUGGAUUUGUCAGGGCGGGUGGGUAAUGGCAGGAGUGUUCUUUGAAGGGUAACCUUGUGACUGCUUUCUGCCUACAGAUCACAGAUUUGAGUUCAUUGUACAGGGUCAUCUCUAAGAUGUGAAACCAUCUGAGAUAGGAGAUAGGACUGUCUGAAAUGUUCACCUGACUGCAGUGCUCAUGCACUGAGGGGAGGAGCACUGAGGUUUUUAAGUCUGAUGUUGCUUUGCUGUGGUUGACAUCUCAUCCCAGUCCUGCCUUUGCCACCUGUAGGGUAAGUCCAGUCAGAAUCUGGGGGAGGGAUCACAUAUCCACCCAUCUUCUGUCUUCAGGUGAAGCUGCCAGGCUGGUGCUGCAGAGCGUGGGCACUGCCCACUUUGUUCUGUGGGUUGUGGAUUAGGAUGAGCAUAAUAAGCAAUCCAGGCAGUUUGGUUUGGCAACAGAAGUGGUAGGUUGGAUUAUAACAGAAAUUAGGACUCCAUCCAGAAAUAACACUGACAAGAGCAUUGUCCAUGGAGAGACCAAAGACCUAAGGGGCUGUGGAGAGUGUAAUCAGAGGAGUCUUUCCAGAUCUUCUGUGCAGACUGUUCUUUUGACUGCAGAAUUCGUACUGUCACACCAACACCCUUCCAAAGCAUUAAAAUGUGUGCGGGUUUUUUUAAUCGUGGUAUUUAUUGAAAGGAGAAUUCAAUUUUACAUGCACACAGUGAAGGUUUGCUGGAAACCCUAAUGGUUUCUUUGUCAUCAAAGAGUAAUAAAGUCUCCUGUAAACAGAAAGCACACUCUUAAAUAUAAGAUUUUUAUCACCUUUUUUAAAUUAAAAAUCAGUCACCACUGUUUUGCAGAAUACCAAUAAGUCAGGGCUGUCUCAGUUCUGUGAUUUCAGUGAAGCACUAUCUGAGGCUUAUCAGAGUUUGUGCCAGUACUUGCAGCCAAAGAGGAAACUGGAUGGCUGCAGCACAAUGCAGCUGAUUUCAUUUAAUCCCAUCGGUGGAAAUGCUGCCUGUGCUGUUUCCAAAGGCAGUUCUGGGAGCUCUCCAUACCCAAAGCAGCCCGAAGAAUGUCAUUUGCACUCCCGGUGGGUAAAUUCUUCCUGGCUGUGCUUUGGUCACAUGACUGUCAGCUGCAGGAAGGAUAAAAAAAUAUAUAUAAAAUAAAAGGAGUAGAAUCCUCUUGGUAGAAGCUGAGACCUGUCUCCCUCUGUUUCUGGAAGUCAUGUUAAGAAGAAGGGUCAUUGUGCUAAAUGGAGGCAGAGCUGUACUGAGUUGCCUGUGUAUAAUAUUUCAGGUCUGUAGCUGUGACUCUGUCAGGGAUCUCUCCAGAGAGAGUAACUGGAGUUGAGGACUGACACAUUAAGGGAAGAGUAUGUAGUGUGUCAGGACCAAGACUGAUAUCAAAUACCUAGCUAGCUGUAAUCCUAUAGGGAAAUACUGAGACAGCAAAUAUAAUAAAGAUGACAUUCUUUUACUUUACUGGGCUGUAAUGACCAAUAUGAAAGAAUUAGGAAGUUGAUACAGAGCAGGAAGAUUUGUGUUUCACAAGAGCCUGUGACCAGCAGCAGGGCUGUCAACAGACAACUUCUGGCAUAAAGGGGAGCUCAUAUCUUGGGAUGACCCAAAGGCACAGGAUCUGGGUGAAAAGGAGCAAACGUUUUCUGGAAGGAGUGAAAAUACGUCUAGAGCUUACUAAAUUUGAGUUUGCUAUCUCCUGGGUAUCAAAAAUCCGAUACUUUACUUGAGGUGGGUUUCAAACUAAUAUUUUGGUUUGGAGGACAACUUGCUCACUGCACACGGAGUUUGGUGUGGUACAGUAGGAAGAGAAAGCUCCACAGAACCAGUAGCCUUUAACGUGGUUGUGUUGGACACUGCAAUGGAACGUGUUGAAGGGAAGAGUGAUGGGCACCAGGUUGUGUUCUGUGGUUAUCUGAAUGCCAGCACCUGUGGGAAGAAGUGUGGAACAAUGAUGGAAGAAAAAGUUAUUUGAAUAAAUGGCAUUUUUCCUCAACAGGGAGCUGAGGACAGUGAAAAUCAGUGUGGCUGUCAAGAUAAACCCAAUACAAACGUGCUGUUUCUGAAAAGUAAGUUUUCUGUAGAAAGCCCUGGAAACCUUGUGGGGGCAUCAAGGUUUUGAAUUAAAAUUAAAAUCCACUGUAACCUAUGUAACCUAAAAGCACACUUCCCAUUCUGUUGGUAUGGAAUAAUGUUUCCAACUUAAAAAACUUUUGCAGUGUUUAGCUAGAGAUGUGUGUGAGUAUAAAGAUUGGACUUUAAUGGGACGUUAUCUCUCUUGAUCUCUUUUUGCCCUUAAGUGCCUUUGCCUGUAAGUCUCCACUGAGGCAUCAAGACAUGAAAACUAUGGUUGUUUGCAUAGCUAUAAAAUAAUCCCUGCACAGGCAACUUUCAAUGUAGUCAAAAUGGAAAAGGAAUAAUCUUGGCAUAUGAGAGCACCGUUAAUUUUUAUGACCUUUUCAAUAUUUAGAACUGUGCAAGUAUUUUAUGUAACUUAUUUUGGGAUCCUUGAAAAGCUAAAACAAUUGCAAUGUGUUUACCCCUAAUGGUUGAAUUUUGAAAUAAAGUUUGUAUAUACAAACAGGUGA